AUGAUCGAACAAGCAUUUUAUCAGCUAAGUUGGAUUGAGGAGCACAGCGAGCGCGGCCGAGCCGUCCCUCCGCCCGCCGUUCCGUCCCGAGGAGGCUACCCGCCCGCCCGGCCCCGGGGCGGCGAGGCGCGGCUGCCCCUGAGGCGAGCGGCUCCACAAGAUGGCGAGCGCGGGCUGCCGCGCUCUCACCAAGAUGGCGGCGGGCGGGCGCAGCGCGGGGCCGGGGCGGCAGAGGAGACCCGCGGCCCGGCGCUCCCGGGGCGGCGGCGGGGGUUUGCCGGGCGCGGCGAGAAGGGGUCCCCGGAGGGUCCCCAGGAGCGGGGCAGCCCCCGGCCGCCGAGCCUGUGUUCUUCACACAAAGUAGCCGACAGACGACCCUCAAAAAGGCUAAAAUGUGAAAAAAACAGUUUAGUAAAAUCAGGACUAGAAGGACUUAUAUGUGGAAGUGAAAACCUUGCUGCAUUGAGAGAAACACCUAAAACAUCUGAUAAAGAUGGAUGUUCAGAAGGUCCACGAGACUACAAUGUAAUUGAGAGAAAAAAAGGUGAAAGCAUUGCAGAGACUAAUGAAGAGAAACAGGAAAAGGAACAUAAUAUUUCUCUCAAGCCACAUGCAGUGAAAUCAGGCAGUGCUCCAUCAGAAAUGGACAGUGAUGAAAAUCUGCACAAUCACGUCAGCAGCGAAGAGGAGAACAGCUGUGAGAGUGUUAGCUCCGAGGAUGCAGAUCUGAAGCAGGUACAACUAGACGGUAGCGCUUUCUUGGAUGAAGAAAGUGACCAGCCAAUGCCAGUAGACUGGUUCUUUGGAGAUGUCAAGUUUAUCCAGGAUCUCCCAGCAGUUGCACUCCCAAGCACAGUGAUGAGCAGGCGAGAAUUCAGAAAGCUAUAUUUCAUUGCAAAGGAAGGUGAGGAGGAGGAGGAAGAGGAUGUUGACUAACAACAAACUGUAAACAGAUUAAACCUUUUUUCUUUUUCUUUGCAACCACGUAAUGAUGGUUGGCUAUGGCACUAACAUAAGGUGUUUGCGUUUGCCUUUUCUCAGAGAACUGGCAGAGUUUGUUUUUCUAGAAUUGGCAGAUACUAUAUUCUCCCACAGUCACCUGGGGCAAAGAUUGACUGAAUUUUCAGUGAUUUGGAAAUAAACGGUGGUUUAUCAUUUUACCACUAAUAUUUAGGAAAAAAAAAAAACCAGUGAAAAUCUAAGUUCUUAUUGCUUUUUUAAAAUUUGAGCUUGUAUUUAGGGCAAACAUUUGGUCUCCUUUUUUUUAAAAAAAUAGUCAAGAAAACCAAGUUAGAAUAAAGUCCUUUUCCUUUUAAUUCUGCGAUGUCAGCCAUUGUGGCAUCCAGUUAGUAAUGCAGCCAGUUGACUAGCCAGUUCAAAUAGGGACAUUGGCCUAUGUUGUGUAAGUUGUGUUGCAUUGUUUCCAUCUAAACCAGAACCAAUUAAACCUCUAAAAUGCAGUUCUGCUGGCAAAACUAAAUGCAGGGAUGUCAAUGUGGGUUCAGUGGUAUCUCUGGAUGUUAAAUACAUUUGUACUGCAUGUCAGUUCUCUGAACCACUAACAUGAAGCUGACUGCUUCCCUCCUCUACCAGGCCAGCUGUGAGCAUUGCCUUUUGUAGGAGUUGUGUAAUGCAGUUCAUGCAGUAUUUUCAAUUAACUUCCAAGGGUUAUGAAUAGGAAUUUCGUAAGCAAAUAUACAGGUGGUGAUAAAGGAGGAAUAAAGUCUCUCAGUAUGGGACUUCAUAGAUGAACAAGUACUGAUUGCUAAAGAUGUGGGUCAGUCUACCAAAUC